AUGACGGGAAGACUAUCGCCCGCGGCGAAUUUACUUCGAAACUCACGGCUUUUUGCUCUACCUCCUCCCCUUUCCGCGCCGGCGCCCCGCAUCUCACCUUCGAGCGUCGCUGAGUCGGACACCGCAACCCUUCCUCAUCCAGUACGUCCUUCUAUUAUAUCACCGCCGUCGUCCUUAGCAAGAGGUGAUUGGGGCCUUAAGCGAUCGUUACCGAAGAAAUCUACGUCUGAUAGUGCUUUAUUCCCGGUUGUACGAAUCAACCAACUGGAUACCUAUGAGCAUAUCACAGAUUUCGAUUCAGCCAACGACCAUACAAUUUCUUUGAAAAAAUGGCAGGAGCUUUCUCUUCCACUGUCAACUGUAUUGGACACUGGUAUUUCUGCGUCUACCGGUGGUGGACGACAUUCAAGUGUUUUCGAGUCAACCGCUGAUAACACGUAUGAGACCAAGUUAUCCGAUGAUGCCCAUUCCAAAAGAUUCAGAUUUAAGGGGCCAUGGCUUGCAGGUCAAACUGAAAUCGAGUUCAAUGCUUUUUUAAAAACCGUUAGGCGGCAAAAGCCGGAAUUUUUGAGGCAACUACGCCAGAUCCUCACAGAGAGGAAAGCUCUAGAAAUGCGGAAAGCAUCACUAGACCGCGGUGAGCCUAUCGAGGACAAUAAAUUACCUCAUGAGUUAAAUGACGAGGAGUUCGAAUUGGCAUUACGGUUGUUACGCUCGAAGCCGGAAGUUCUCGGCCCCGAAAUCUAUAAGUUUCUCGACUUAGCUACCCCGCCUAGCAUCCCUAACCGGUACCUGAAGGAACACUACUGGGCUGCAGGGCCAUCAAAUAUAUCCUCGGUUGAGUAUGCGACAUCCGGCCCUCCGAUGACACACCCGUCAGCAGGCCUGUCAUAUCUCCGCACGAAGGCACAUAUGGAUAAUCACCCGGUUGUGGGCCCGCUACAAGACCCCAAACCUGUCCAGGCCCGUGUUUUAAGUGUUAAGAGGACUUUUAAACUCCGGACAUUCGUCGGCGUUGGUGGAUUCGUUACAGAAGACUCUAAAUCACAGGGUCUUAGACAAGGAAAGGGCUUAAUGGCGUUUGAUCCUGAUGCCAUAGGAGGUAUGAAGUACUGGGUUAAGGCUGAAAGAGCUUGUAUUCGACCGGAUGGAAGACUAGAACUCAGAUUGGUACGAGCCACUGAGACUUCAAAAGCACUUUUUGGGGCAAACGAGCCAGAACCGUCCGUGUCUCUUCCCGAGAAUCUUUUCCCACUCAGCAAAACCGUCCCUACACUUGACCAUUGA